GAUGUCACCAUAAAGAUCAGCAUUGGGAAAUCUGAGCUGACAGAACAAAGAAAACUAAUCAACUGUUCAAGUAUUCAUGGACAACCAAGUCCUCAUCUGUGCCGACAGUGCUUCAGCUCUGGGUGCCAGUGGAUGGAGGACAGCUGUUCCUGGGCCAGUGAACUUACUCACAACACCCAGAAGGAUGUUUGCUUGGAGAUAGAAGCUGGGAUGAACAUUUCUAUACCAGAUGUCAUCUCUGUUACACCUAGUGUUGUGUCUCUGUAUGGGAAAAACCACGCUUUGUUGUCGGGUCAUAACCUGAACGACGUGAUCGGAGUGAGAAUCUCAACGCACAUGGACUGUAGUCCACAGGAAUCUCCUGUGUGGAACAACACUGGUGUCAGUUUGACCUUUCACAUCCCCACCACUGAAACUAGAAGAGUGGUCAAAAUGUGUGUUCUUCUGCCUGAUGGUAGUUGCCACGGAAACACUAAAAUCUCCUAUCAGUCGUCACCAGUCUGCACUGACAUAGUACCUCGGAGCAGCUGGAGGAGUGGGAAGAGGAAGGUCAAACUCAUUGGGACACACCUGGAGUUUGUGGAUGGGCUGAUGCAGAGCCACGCCCAGCAUCAAGUGUUGCUUCCCAGGAACCGCAGCAGUCAGGAGACUCUCACCUAUGAUACGCCUACAGCAGAAAACAGUCAGAUUUGCUGCAGCACCGUUUUUAUGAAAGUGGCCAAUCAAACAGUGGCCUGUUUGGUCAAACUAACGUACUAUCCUGAUCCCGAGUUUACUGGCUUCACUACGGAGAGGCUGGGAAAUGAUGCCCGCGUUGUUAUUCAUAAAAGUUCAGAUAAACUGGAGAUGACAGCAGCAGAGUUGUUGGUGUGGGUUGAAGGUGAAAAACAAUAUCCCUGUAUCAAAGUCCUGGAAAACCAUAACAAAACAGACUCCUUUAUCUGUGACAUCCAAGGAGUUAACAAUACUAACUUCAGGGCUAUAAAGAUCAUAUAUGGUGACACAACUGUGUGGAUGCAGACUCUGACUUCAUUACAUCUGGGCCUUCUGAUUCUACAUUUUCUUCUCAAAUGUUCUAUUCUUACUGUGCUGGUGGUUUUCUGUCAGUGGCAAAAGAAACAAGCAAGUUCUGAUUACUGAUCAUUUCUCAGCCAAAGGAUCACUGAGAACAAGUACAGCCCAAGGAUUCUGAAUGUGUACAUCAUGAUCUUUGCUUUGUCUUUACAUUUUUAAACGCUACAGUGUCUUCUAGCAUCCUUCUGUAUCAUCCAAAUGAAUCCACCCUGAACCGUAAGUGAACUAAAUGGCUGAACAGAACACCUAGGUUGAACUGCCUUCAGAAAAGUCACUGAAAGCACUCGCUAUAAAAAUACAAAGACAACCUCCAGAAAGUCAUAGAUUAUAAUUUGUGUUACCAUGACAACUGACACAACUAUACAUUACUGUCAACACAUGACCGCUGUCCCUUUUAGUCAGUGUGUUGAUUUCGAUGAGUGGAUGGACCAGAACCUCCUCCAGUUUGAGAAAACAAAGUUGUCAUUAUUUGGGGUCAUGAAAAUAUGAGGUUAGAAAUCAAUACUCCGUUAGACAUUAUGAGGAUUAAAAUGAAAAAUUCUAGAAAUCUAUUUGUGCCUAUGUAGUUAAGUUUACUUUAAAAACUUUUUACUGUAUUGCCCAACUUAAAAAUAAUUGCUGGGGUUAGAGAUUUCCUGUCAAAUAUAACUGGUGAGUGUUUAAAUUUUUUUUAUGAAUUAUUUUAAUGUCUUUGAAGAUUCACAUAUCUGCAGCGCAUCCAGAAUGCUGCUGCCACAGUCCUGACCAAACACAGGAAACCAGAUCAUAUGAUAUCUGAGUUAUUAUAUUACUGCACUGGCCCACUUCUUAGAAAAUUAUAUAUUUUUAAAGUGCAUUAUAGGAUUAGACUAGUCAGGAGUGAAAACAAUGACAGAAGCGGUAAAAAAAAAAAAAGGGUUUUAUUUUGGUGUUUUUAAUCUUAUAUUAGCUGUUCGUUUUUUUAUAUAUAUAUUUUUGUAUAAUUCUUACAACUAUGUAUUUAUUGUACCACAUAUUUUAUUCUAGUUAAUCUUAAGUACUGCCCUUUUUUUAAAUACUGAAAAGUACUUAAAAUUCAUUUUAAGUACUUUUGUGUACACUUUGUGUAUGAAUGGUGGUAUUGGUGACCUGUUCAGAUGGGCACUACUACCCCUGACCUGCAAAGACAAGCAUGUUGGCUAAUGGAUGGAUGGGAAAAUAAUGAAUAAUGGUAUAAAAAUAAACUUGCCUUGCAAA